GGCUGGCUGCUCCUGGCUCCAGAUGGGACAGAUUUUGACAACCCAGUGCAUCGGUCCCGGAAAUGGCAGCGGCGGUUCUUCAUCCUCUAUGAGCAUGGCCUCCUGCGCUACGCCCUGGAUGAGAUGCCCACCACCCUCCCACAGGGCACUAUCAACAUGAACCAGUGCACAGAUGUGGUGGAUGGGGAGGGCCGUACUGGCCAGAAGUUCUCGCUGUGCAUCCUGACACCUGAGAAGGAGCAUUUCAUCAGGGCAGAAACCAAGGAAAUCAUCAACGGAUGGCUAGAGAUGCUAAUGGUUUAUCCCAGGACCAACAAGCAGAACCAGAAGAAGAAAAGGAAAGUAGAGCCACCCACCCCGCAGGAGCCUGGACCUGCCAAGGUGGCUGUCACCAGCAACAGCAGCAGCAGCAGCAGCAUUCCCAGUGCAGAAAAAGUCCCCACCACCAAGUCCACACUCUGGCAGGAAGAAAUGAGGGCCAAGGACCAGCCCGAUGGGAGUAGUCUGAGCCCAGCUCAGAGUCCUAGCCAGAGCCAGCCUCCUGCUGCCAGCUCUCUGCGGGAACCAGGGCUGGAAGGCAAAGAAGAGGAGAGCAGCAUGAGUAGUGACCGCAUGGACUGUGGCCGCAAAGUGCGGGUGGAGAGUGGCUACUUCUCCCUGGAGAAGACCAAGCAGGACCUGAAGGCCGAGGAGCAGCAGCUGCCCCCGCCACUCUCGCCCCCCAGCCCCAGCACCCCCAACAGGAGAUCCCAGGUGAUUGAGAAAUUUGAGGCCUUAGACAUUGAGAAGGCAGAGCACAUGGAGACCAAUGCCUCGGCAGUGCCCUCUCCAUCAAGCGACACUCGCCAGGGCCGCAGCGAGAAGAGGGCAUUCCCCAGGAAGCGGGACUUCACCAGUGAAAUCCCCACAGCGUCUCUAUCGGACACCUCAGCUUCCCCCCUGUCUCCACACCGAAGAGCCAAGUCACUGGACAGGAGGUCCACGGAGUCCUCCAUGACGCCUGACCUGCUGAAUUUCAAGAAAGGCUGGCUGACCAAGCAGUACGAGGACAGCCAGUGGAAGAAACACUGGUUUGUCCUGGCAGAUCAGAGCCUGAGGUACUACAGGGAUUCCGUAGCUGAGGAGGCAGCUGACUUGGAUGGGGAAAUUGACUUGUCCACAUGUUAUGACGUCACAGAAUAUCCAGUCCAGAGGAACUAUGGCUUCCAGAUACACACAAAGGAGGGCGAGUUCACACUGUCUGCCAUGACUUCUGGAAUCCGGAGGAACUGGAUACAGACCAUCAUGAAGCACGUUCACCCAACCACUGCCCCAGAUGUGACCAGGAAAAGCUUCUCUCUGAGACUCUCACUGCUGAAGCCCAAGCUGGAAAAGUGUGUUCUCUCCUGUGUUAGCAUUCUGUGCUCAUUGCCUGAGGAAAAGAACAAGAGCAGCACAUCUUUUGAGACCUGCUCAAGGCCAAGUGACAAGCUUGAGACAGAACCAGGGGAGCCAGAUCCUGAACAGAAGAGGAGCCGUGCACGUGAACGAAGGCGGGAGGGCCGCUCCAAGACCUUUGACUGGGCUGAGUUCCGCCCCAUCCAGCAGGCCCUGGCUCAGGAAAGGGCCAGCACUGUGGGGCCUGCUGAUGCCCAUGAACCGGGGCACCUUGAGGUAGAGCCAGGGGAGCUGGAGCGGGAACGUGCACGGCGGCGGGAAGAACGCCGAAAGCGAUUUGGGAUGCUGGACACUGCAGAUGGACCAGGUGCUGAGGACAUGACCCUGCGAAUGGAGGUUGAUAGGAGCCCAGGGUUGCCAGUGGCCACUGACCUCAAGACACAGAAUGUCCAUGUGGAGAUUGAGCAGCGGUGGCAUCAGGUGGAGACCACUCCUCUCCGGGAGGAAAAACAGGUGCCCAUUGCCCCCCUGCACCUGCCCUCCGAGGAUGGAAGCGACCGACUCUCCACUCAUGAGCUGACAUCCCUGCUGGAGAAGGAGCUGGAGCAGAGCCAGAAGGAGGCCUCGGACCUUCUGGAGCAGAACCGGCUCCUACAGGAUCAGCUGAGAGUGGCCCUAGGCCGUGAGCAGAGCGCCCGGGAGGGCUAUGUGCUCCAGACUGAAGUGGCCACCUCCCCGUCGGGUGCCUGGCAGAGGCUCCAUAGAGUCAACCAAGACCUCCAAAGUGAGCUGGAAGCCCAGUGCCAGCGGCAGGAGCUGAUCACGCAACAGAUACAGACCCUGAAACGUAGCUAUGGGGAGGCCAAGGAUGCGAUCCGGCACCACGAGGCCGAGAUCAGGAGCCUGCAGGCGAGGCUCGGCAACGCCGCCGCUGAGCUGGCCAUCAAAGAGCAGGCACUGGCCAAGCUCAAAGGCGAGCUGAAGCUGGAGCAGGGCAGGGUCCGUGAGCAGCUGGAGGAGCGGCAGCACAGUGAGGCCGCGCUGAGCGGCCAGCUGAGGGCCAGCGAGCAAAAGCUCAAGAGCGCAGAGGCCCUGCUGCUAGAGAAGACUCAGGAGCUGCGGGACCUGGAGAUGCAGCAGGCCCUACAGCGGGACCGGCAGAAGGAGGUACAGAGGCUACAGGAGCGCAUUGCUGACCUCAGCCAGCAACUGGGUGCCAGCGAGCAGGCCCAGCGGCUGAUGGAGGAGAAGUUGCAGAGGAACUAUGCGCUGUUGCUGGAGAGCUGCGAGGAGGAGAAGCAGGCACUGCUACAGAACCUGAAGGAGGUGGAGGACAAGGCCAGCGCCUAUGAGGAACAGCUGCAGGGCCAUGCGCAGCAGGUGGAGGCUCUCCAGAAAGAGAAGCUUAGUGCCAAGUGUGAGGGCAGUGAGCAAGUGCACCAGCUAGAGGAGCAGCUGGAGGCCCGGGAGGCCAGCAUCCGCCAGCUUGCUGAGCAUGUGCAGAGCCUCCGUGAUGAGCGGGACCUCAUCAGGCAGCGGUUCCAAGAGCUGAUGGAGCGUGUGGCCACAUCCGAUGGGGAUGUGGCUGAGCUUCGGGAGAAACUGAGAGGAAGAGAAGCUGACUACCAAAACCUGGAGCACUCACACCGUAGGGUCUCUGGCCAGCUGCAGAGCAUGCGCACUCUUCUGAGAGAGAAGGAGGAGGAACUGAAGCACAUCAAGGAAGCACAUGAGAGAGUUCUGGAAAAGAAAGAGCAGGACCUCAAUGAGGCUUUGGUUAAAAUGGUGGCUUUGGGGAGCAGUUUAGAGGAAACAGAAAUUAAGCUGCAGGCAAAAGAAGAGAUUUUAAGGAAAUUUGCAGAUGAGUCUCCGAAGGAAUUGGAAGAGCCACAGAGCACCCCGGGAGAAACAGAGGACCGGGGUUUACUCUCGGGCCAACAGCUCCCAACCGCUGGGGCACCUCCAGGCUUACCCCACAUGCGGUUGGAAGAUGAAGACUCAGGAGCGGGGAUGGGGGAAGAAUGUGGGGAUGGCAGCCCUAGCAGGGAAGAGAGUGCAGUGCCCCUGAAGUCCUUGGACGCUCCUGACAGGGAGGGGCAUCCACAGAGCACAGCCAAACCCGACCAGGGAGCACCUGGUGUUAAAAGGCAAAGAAUUCGGUUCUCCACAAUCCAGUGCCAAAGAUACAUCCACCCUGAGGGGUCUGAGAAGACCUGGACCAGCAGCACGUCAUCAGACACCAGCCAGGACCGGUCACCCUCAGAGGAGAGCAUGUCCUCAGAGGUCACCCCUAACACGCUGCCUGUGGCCGGAGACUCCGAGACAUACCUCUCCAUAAUCCACUCCCUGGAGACCAAGCUGUACGUCACAGAGGAGAAGCUGAAGGAAGUGACCGUGAGGCUAGAAAGCCAGCAGGGCCAGAGCCAGGAGGCGCUCCUCGCACUGCACCACCAGUGGGCCGGCACCGAGGCGCAGCUCCGCGAGCAGCUCCGCACCAGCCUGCUGCAGGUCAGCGCCCUGGCCUCCCAACUGGAGCAGGAGAGACAAGAGAGAGCCACGAGUAUUGAGAGCCAUGUUGGGGAGCUAGGGGACUUCCAGGCAAAAAACAGUCAGGCCCUGACAUGCUUGGAAAACUGCCGCCAACAACUAAGGUCCCUGCCACACGCCGGCCAGGAGGAUGAGCGGGAGGCACAUGCGGCCUCCCUGGCCAGUGUGGAGAGCACACUCACGAGUGCCAUCCAGGCCCUGCAGUCCUGGCCAGCCUCCACAAGUGGUGGGGCCCAGGCUGGGCAGGAGGAGGGGUGCUCCGUGGAGAGCAGGGUGGCGGCGCCUCUGCACCAGCACGUGCUGAGUGAGCAGGAGCAGGCAAAGCUGCUUUCUGACCAGAUGGCCCUGGAGGCAGCCCUGAUCGGCCAAAUAGCAGACUCACUGAAGAGCACGACCUCAGACGUGUCUCGCCUUCUCCGUGAGGCUGCGUGGUCGGAAGAGCACUUGCUGGAGGGAGAGAGUCGUGCCAUCUCUGCUGACGCCCCAGCAGAGGCCUGGGCCAGGAAGGUGCUGGUGGAUGGCGAGUUCUGGAGCCAUGUCGAGUCCCUGAGUAAACGCCUUGGGACACUGGGAGGAGAGGCAACCAGCUUAUCAGGAGAUGGGCAGCAGCAUGUCCCCCAAGGCCUGGCCGAUGCCACAUGGGUCCGGGCAGAGCUCAGCUUUGCCACACAAUUGGUGAGGGAGUCAUUCCACCGUAGGCUGCAGAGUGUCCAAGAGACCCUGCGGGGGACGCAGACUGCCCUGCAGCGGCACAAAUGUGUGUUGGGGGAAAUCCUGGGAGCUUAUGGAACCCCAGAUUUUGAGAGAGUGAUGCAGCAGGUUUCAGAAGCCCUCAGGCAUCCAGAGGACAGUGUGGACAGUGUGCAGACAUCCUGGGACCUGAGACUGUUAGGAGAAGUUCUGAGUCCAGACACAGACAGCUCCCAGGAACCCUUGCAUGUGUCCCAUCAGAGCCCUGGGGCCCUUGUUGCUAUUCAGGAAGAGCUUGCCCAGCAGCUGAGAGAGAAAGCCAGCAUCCUAAAGGAGAUCGCUGCUGCUUUGCCAGCCCUGUCCCCUGCUGAGUCAUUAAGGGAUUGUCGGAAGCUUCUGCAGACAUCUCAGACUCUCUCCUACAGUGCUUGUCUGGGAGGCCUGGGUCAGUAUUCAUCCUUACUGGUACAGGAUGCAAUCAUUCAGGCUCAGGUGUGCUAUGCGGCCUGCAAACUCCGGUUAGAGUAUGAAAAGGAGCUUCGAUUUUACAAGGAGUCCUGGCGAACCAGGGAGACCUCCUGCCAGGAACAGGCACAAGUGGUUGGGGCCCUGCGGGAGGAGUACGAGGAGCUCCUCCGCAAGCAAAAAAGCGAGUAUCUGGAGGUGAUUGCCCUCAUAGAAAGGGAAAAUGCCGAGCUCAAGGCCAAGGUGAGCCAGCUGGACCAUCAGCAGAGGUGUUUGGAAGAAGCAGAGAGUAAGCACAGUGAGAGCAUGUUUGCCCUGCAGGGCAGGUAUGAGGAGGAGAUCAGGUGUGUGGUAGAGCAGCUGAACCGCACUGAGAACACACUGCAGGCCGAGCGCAGCCGGGUCCUAAGCCAGCUGGACGCCUCUGUCAGAGACAAACAGGACAUGGAGCGGCAGCAUGUGCAGCAGAUGCAGACACUGGAGGACAGAUUCCAGCUGAAGAUCAAGGAGCUGCAGGCCAUCCACGAGGAAGAGCUAAGGGCCUUGCAGGAGCAUUACUCACGGAGCCUGCUGCGCCUUCAGGAGACCCUCAGCCUCUGCCAGCAGCAGCGCCCUGAAGCCCUGCCAGCCCCCUCCCCCCGAUGGCGGCCAGAGUCUGGGGCUGCCCCACAGGCAGCCCAAGGAGAAGCUGACUCCAUGACAGGGCUGCGGGAGCGCAUCCAGGAACUGGAGGCCCAGAUGGAUGUAAUGCGCGAAGAGCUGGGCCACAAGGAGCUGGAGGGCGAUGCAGCCACACUGCGGGAGAAAUACCAGCGGGACUUUGAGAAUCUUAAGGCCACAUGUGAGCGGGGCUUUGCUGCAAUGGAGGAAACACACCAGAAGAAGAUUGAAGAUCUGCAGAGGCAGCACCAGAGGGAGCUGGAGAAGCUGAGGGAAGAGAAAGACCGCCUCCUGGCUGAGGAGACCGCCGCCACCAUCUCAGCCAUUGAAGCCAUGAAGAAUGCCCACCGGGAGGAGAUGGAACGCGAGCUAGAGAAGAGCCAGCGGUCUCAAAUCAGCAGCAUCAACUCGGACAUCGAAGCCCUGAGGCGACAGUACCUGGAGGAGCUGCAGUCGGUGCAGCGGGAGCUAGAGGUCCUCUCGGAGCAGUACUCCCAGAAGUGCCUGGAGAAUGCCCACCUGGCCCAGGCUCUGGAAGCCGAGAGGCAGGCCCUGCGGCAGUGCCAGCGUGAGAACCAGGAGCUCAACGCCCACAACCAGGAACUGAAUAACCGCCUGGCUGCAGAAAUAACACGGUUACGGACACUACUGACUGGGGACGGUGGUGGAGAGGCCUCAGGGUCACCCCUCACGCAGGGCAAGGAUGCCUAUGAGCUAGAGGUCUUAUUGCGGGUAAAGGAAUCAGAAAUACAGUACCUGAAACAGGAGAUCAGCUCUCUCAAGGACGAGCUCCAGACAGCACUGCGGGACAAGAAGUAUGCCAGUGACAAAUACAAAGAUAUCUACACAGAGCUCAGCAUCGCAAAGGCCAAGGCAGACUGCGACAUCAGCAAGUUGAAAGAGCAGCUGAAAGCAGCUACCGAAGCCCUGGGAGAAAAGUCCCCCGAGAGCCCUGCUGUGGCAGGAUACGACAUAAUGAAAUCUAAAAGCAAUCCUGACUUCCUGAAGAAAGACAGAUCCUGUGUCACCCGGCAGCUCAGAAGCAUCAGGUCGAAGUCCGUAAUUGAGCAGGUCUCAUGGGAUAACUGACUCGCGCCCGCUUCCAGGUCCCCUGUCGUGUAGAGUCUGAAGGAAGGCCUGACUGUGCAGGAGCGGCUGAAGCUCUUUGAAUCCAGGGACUUGAAGAAAGACUAGCUGCGUCCCACGCAACUUGACACACCCUUCCCAGCUGGCGGCGGCACGACCCAAGCAGCUUCUUGUCCGUACUUUUGUUUGUGUCAUUGUCAUCAUUAACUGUGGGUAUGGAUGUGUGAGAGACUGGUGUCUGGGUUGUCCGCACACUCCCUGCCGUGCUGACUCUGGCUUCUUGUCCCCGUCACAGCUUUUUUCCAUGGUAUCUGAAAUUAGUGAAGCUCCAGCAGUGGGGCGGGGAGGGCCGUCCCACGGAGUCGGAGCAGAACGCCCUCCACGGCCCCACCGCACUCACUGUCAGUAUUAAGGCUCAGCGGCCUGUUGAUAAGCUAGCCCUGUCUCAGAGUGCAGGAUGGGGACCUGGCUGCUGUCCCAGCUCUGCUGCCCACUGGCCGGGCACCACCAGGCGGGCAGGUCCUGUUGGGCAGAGAGGAGCCACCUAGAUGGUCGGGUUUGGCCUGGACCGCAGCAGAGGUGCCUCCCCUGCCUGGUUGCUGGAGGAAGAGGCCCCGCGGGCUGUGCAGCCUGCAUGCGCUGCCUUUUGGCCUGGGAGGAGGACAGCAUUUGGUAUUUGUUCCACUAAUGCAGCUUAGAACCACGCCCCAGAUGACCCUGGCAAACCUUUCACAACCUGGAAAAUGUUGGAAGCAACCAUUCCUAUUUUUGUUUGUUUUUUAUUAAAUCUUGCACAAAAUCCCCGGCCCCUCUCAUUCCUUCCUCCACCUGGUCCUUCCUUGCUCUGAGUCACCCUGAUCUUUUCCUAACUGCUGGGAUUGGUGGCCUCUUCCUGGGGCUUCAGACCAAAGUGAUGGAUUCCCUCAGGGAGUCAUCCAAAGGGGAGAAAGUGGCUCACUUUUCAGUUUCCCGUAGCUUUUGCAGAGGCUGAGGAAGAGCCCCGCGUUAGUCAAGCAGGGGGGUGUGGAGGAUGUCAGGAUGCGGAGGAUGUCGGGGUGAUGAGAACAGCCAGCGGGGUGUCUCGGGACUGUAAUGAACCUGAGCUCUGGGGGUCCCCUCGCCACGCCGGCCUCUCAGAGCGUGCUUGCAGUGAAGCUGGGGUAACAAGUCUGCUUUUCUGAGUCUGGCAGGACCUUUUUAACUGUCCAAAACAUUCUGCAGCACCUCGUGAAAGUCUCUUACAUUGGGGUUUCCAUUCUGUUCCUGUGACGACCAUUAAUUCCAUUAAGUCAUAGCAGAUCAGGAGCCCCCAGCACACGGGAGUGAUGCAGGAGAAUCGAGAGGUCUUGUAUCUGCAAGACCCCCACCAUCUACUCCCCUGCCAUGCCCCUGUCCACUGGCCCCAUUGCCGGAGCUUUUCGUUCAUGCCAGAACUUGAGGUGGAUGGAUGGUGCUAGGUAGAUGGAGGCUUUGGGAGUGAAGUGCAGACAUCCCCUUGCUCAGUUAAUGGACAAGCUCCCCCAGGCCUUCUGGCCCACCCUGGUGGGUGGCAACAGGACGGAGGCCCAGGGUGAGGUGGUUUGCAACACACUUAGCUUGCACAGGCCCGAGCCUCCCCUUCCACAGCCUUAGUGAGUCCUCAGCCACACCUGUAACUCCUUUGCUCCUGGUCCAUGUUUUCAACAGCAAAAGCACAUUCAAACUGUUUAAAAUCAACUUGUCAGAAAUCCCCAGAUUGGCAGCACUUGAGAAAUGGCCAUGACCUGUCUGCAUCCUGCUCAGACUGGGAAUGUGCAGAAGGAGCUCUACAGUGUCCAGUGGACCCUGAGGGGACAUGCUGUGCCUGAUCUCGGGGCGCCAUGAUAUCACAUCAUUCUCUAAGGGCUGCUGCCCUUCUUCUGCUCCACUGUGGUUCCUUUGUGACCAUCCCUGCAGCCCCUGGGUACCCGCUGACCCUGCCUGCAGGCAGUCUCCCCCAUCCCCCGCGGUGCUGCCUAGAAAUAGGCUCUGCCUGCCUCAGACACACAGGGCUUUGUAUAAGAGCAGGUUGGCCAUGUUUUUAGAAUUAUUUAUAUCCCUUGAGGCUGGACCUCAGGACAUGACCUUGAGUGUACACUGGGGGUCAGAGGUGAAGCAGGAAGAGGCAGCUGACACCUGGACUCCUGUCCCUGUGACCCCAUGGCAAAGACCCACACUCACCCCAAAACAGCACUCCCCACCCCGGGUCUGGUUUGGUACUUGGGUAUCACCAAGAAACUGGGCCAGCAGAGAAGGGGGACACUGGCUCCUGUCUAACACCCCUGACGGUGGCCCUGCACUGACUGCUGCCCGGGUUGGUGAAGUCUUGAGUGUCAGGAGUGGGCUGUCCUCCAGCUGGAGUGAACUGGACAAGGAGGAGAAUGGAGACUUCUUCCUGUGCCUCCCGUGUUUCCAGGCUCAGAUGCCCCUGUGUCUGCCCUGGGAGCCCCCCUGCUGCUCUUUGCCUGUGGCGUUGCAUUCUGCAGGAGGGGCAGGGUGUGGAGAUGGAGUGGGUGUGGGCAGUUUCUCAGGGCUGCUGCAGGUGGCGGGGGCUGUGUUGUGACGGGGGUCUCAGUCCCCUCCCAGCACCAGCCAGCAACAGUAAGCUCUGCCCACCUCACUGUGAGGAUUAUUCUCCUAUAAAUAGUCACUGGGGACCUGCUCACACCUGCGAGCAAGCCACGUCAUGUUCAGCAGGGAGUCCUCUGGCUCCUGGACGACUUUCACCAACAUCUGUGCUCACCCACAUAGGAGAGUCGUUUCCUGCUGGUCAGGUUGUCCACUGUGGUGCCCGGCACCUGAGCAAGGGGACAGUGGUGCUGUAGCCUCCCUGGGGCAGGGAUCCCUGCCAGUGAGGCCACAGCUCAAGGCUCGGCUGCAGAGACUCUAGAGGGAGCCCGGGGUUGGGUGGAAUGGGAACAUCCUGGGAUGUGGGGAGGAUGUUGGAACUGUGGGUUUCUUCAGCCAGAGCCGACAUCAGAGUGGAUCCUCCCAAGAGGCAGCGAGAAAAAGGCAGAAGAGCUCAGAGCACAGGCCACACACCAGGCAGAGAGCCACAGGUGUGGCCAAAGUCUGCUCCCACGCUGGCCUCAGAUCCAGCUGCGUGCUGACAGACGGCUCCUGUGGGCUAAACUCAGGAGAGGUGGUCUCAGUUUGUAAAAGAAUAAAAUUGAGCCUGAGAACAUGCCUGGAAGGAAUCCUGAGAGAUUGGCCAAGAAGCAAAAUCGAUGGCUUAAAAGACAUUUAGGUGGAAACGUGAGUAGGACCUGCUUCCCUACAGAGGCAGGCAGGGCACCGACUUGCCCACCUGGCAGGUGCCUAGAAUGAGCACAGCCCCGUUCAUCCCAAAUGCCUGGGCACACACAGCUGGUACUAAGUAGCUCCUGACCUGCUGUGGCUGCAGGGUCGUGGGCCGGGGCCACCCAGCAGGUUAAGUGGGGUCCACGCAGGGGGCACACCCCCUACCAACAGUCGGUGUCCUCUGCUCCCACUGCCCCUCCUGGUUCCCAAAGACCAGGGAGCAGCCCUGGGCCCCGUGCAGCCCAAGGUCUGGGACGGCCCAGAGAACACUCUGGGGUCCCUGUUGCUGUGUCUCUGCAUGAGUAUCCAGCAAGGGCCACAUGCAGAAGGGGCAACUCACAGCAAGUUUAACUUUCCACGCACACAGUUCAGCUGGCGGGGCCAGGCCCGGCAGGAAGAGGACAUAAGCCAGCGUGGGGAGUGCGGCCCUGCACCCUUAGCUCCUGUGAGACAGAGCGUGAUGGGGAGUGGAGCUAGUGGGCUGCCCAGAGAUGGGACGAGCCCCCUGAGCACACGGAGGGCGAAGGCCUUAGGCACUGGAGGGGAGCAACGCACUGCUGUCUGGAGCUGCCCUCCGCCCAGGGUGGUCUGCUGGCCGCCUUUAUUUUUUUCAGAAUUUCCUGUAUAUUGUCCAGAGUAAGCAGUGUGAAUAUCACUGAGAAGUGACUGCAGGGACUUGUGUGACAAAGUUCGAAUGGCGUUUUAAAAACCUGAUGUAGAUAUCCCUUUUCAAGACGGGGAGGAGGACAGCUUGGCACAGCAAUGAGCCUGUCCAGCCUCCUGAGAACGACAUUUAGUGGUCACUGCAUCUUGUUAAAAGCCCAGUCAUUUAAUAGACGGUCUUAGAGGACAUGGACAGCAUCUGAAAGAUAAGCCACACCUUACCUGUUGCUGAAAGCAUUCUGGACACCUGUUCUUGGCAGAACCAGUCAGAGUCCUGAAGGACAAAGGAAAAUGGUGGCCGUCUUGACCCGUCUGUUUAGUAAUCCCAGACCUGUCCCUGGAGGGAGGUGAGGCUGAGGGCUUGGGGGCUGUCAGGUCUCCAUGCCUGGUUCUGACAGUGUCCAGGGCUGUGCACAGAGCAGCUGAGCCAUCUGGAUCCCCAGCCACCUGGUUAUUGAACUCUGGAGGUCAUGAACCUUGGAAUGCAUCGCAUCUUACAAUACGUAUUUCUGUGAAGUUGGUAAGAAAACCAUCACAGGAGGGCUGAGAUUGGACGGUUGGGAACCCGAGGCUGCUGCGGUGUCGUGAUUCACAGCGGUGAGCACAGGUGUGAGAGGGUGGGGCCUUCCCCAGUUCCAACUCACCACAAGGAGAUGAAGUUACAGCUGUCAUAGGACACAUGCAGCCCCCUGCAGCUUGCUAUGGUCAGCAUGCUCUUGGCACUUCUCCUCCUUAGAAGUUAGUUACAUCACUUGUAGUUUUAUUUCAGCUAGGACUAGAGUGUAAAGAUCAUGAAGUCCACUCUUGUGUUAUGUUUCUAUCACAGAAUUUCAAUUAAAAUGGAUUUUAAAGGAUUUAGUUGCCUUUACUAUUAAUGAUUUAUCUACUGAUAAUGUUAGGAUUCGGAAUCAUUAAUUCAGUAUGAUCAUUAAUUCGUGUGGUUUUCCUAAGGUGACUCUGAAACCCUGUAACAUGUCCAGGUGGCUCCUCAGCAGCUAAGAGAGUUGAUCAGCCAUCUCACAAACGUCCCUUCUACCAGGGUGCCCUGCCCAACUGCUGAGGAGCUGGGACACCAAACACGGGCAAUUUCUGUCUGUGGGACAAGUCUGGAAAGAAGCCACCAAGCCACUUCUGCCACAGUUCAUCACUGCAGCAAUCACAUGAGGGACGUUCACAGAACAGCCCUUUUACCUGCUAUUCAACUUCUCACGAUCCUGCUCACCAGACUACAGAUAUGUGCAGAAGAAAACCCAGGGCCUAUGAGCCAGGUCCAUCAGGGCCAGCUUGGCCUCCCGGGGCCGGGCACCCAGGUGGCUGCUCCCCACCAGAGCCGGUGCUGCCCGGAGCUGAGUCUGCCUCUCUUCCCCACACGAUUCAAGACCUGGUGGUUAGCAUCAGACUUACUUUUCUUAACAAAGUUUGUGAUCGAAUGUUUAAUUAAUUGGAAGUGUUAUUUUGUCAAAAUAUUUAUUCCCUUAUGUGACUAAUGCUAGAUUCCCACGGAUGUAGCUGAGCAUUUUUAUUUUGUAAAUUCUACCUAACUUUACAUAAACUAUAUCAUAAUAAACUAUUUUUGCACCACC